UGUGCAGCAGCCAUUUUGUCUGUUCGUGCAAGUCCACCCCUCACGGUCAAGAACUGCGUUCCCCCUUUCGAAAAUAACCUGAAAUAUUCUAUUUUUUUGUAUAUUAUGCGGCACUUAUACGGAUUAAAAAAAUUACGAGUUCGAAGAUGCUUUUCUCUUCGAAAUAAAUAGCGUAAUUUAUUUUUGUUGUUGUUGUGUGCGCGAAUAAUUAAGGUGAUGUCGUGCGAGGAAAGCUACUUAGCCAUUAGACGUUAUCUGACCGACGAGCGGGAGCCGUACGCACCAGGGACCCAUGGAAAUACUAAGAGAAAGAUUCGUAAAGCAGCCGCUUGUUAUGUCGUGCGGAAUGGCACACUGUACUACCAGAGAAGACAGAAAGGCCUGGAUGAAUUCACCGAGUUGGAAGUGGUUUUACAGGCGGGACGGAGGAAGGAACUUAUCGUCGAGUCACAUAUUGUCGCCGGAGAAGAGCACCUUAACCAGCAUCACACAUGGGAAUCCAUUUCUCAGAAGUAUUGGUGGAGAGGUAUCCUGAAGCAGGUGAAGGACUACAUGAGACAGUGUAGCCAGUGCCAGAACAGACAGGACCGGAGAGGCCUAUCGGAGGACCGGAGCGGAUCCAGACUGGUGGGCCGACCGGGGAGACCAAGGAGGGUCACGACCCUGGCCAGUGACGAGGAGGAGGAGGAGGAGGACGAGGAGAUGGACUUGGUGACUUCCAUUCAUCACAAGACGAAGAGCCCCAGGACUGUGGCUAAACACGAACUGGUCUUUGUGGACAGUAAAGGUGUGGUGAAGCAGUACCUUCCCAGACACGGUCAGACGAUGCUGGACAAGCUGAACCAGCAGCGCCUCAACAAUCAAUUCUGUGACAUCACGCUGCUGAUCGAGGGCGAGGAGCACCGGGCUCACAAGGCUGUGCUGGCUGCCUGCAGCGACUACUUUAAUGAGCUGUUUAUCGAGAAGGGAGCCGUGUCCAGUCACGAAGCGGUGGUCGACCUCUCAGGUUUCAGCAAGGUCAGUUUCCUCCCCCUGCUAGAGUUUGCAUACACCUCCAACCUCUGCUUCAACUUCUGUGUGAUGGCCGACGUCGCCACGCUGGCUCGACACCUUCUGAUGGCAGAGGUCCUUCAGAUCUGUGAGUCCGUCCACAAGAAGGUAGAGGAGCAGAAGCUGAUGGUCUACCAGCAAGGAGACAUCCACACGGUGGUGUCCAGCCAACCUGUACCCCAACAGGCCCUGAAUGAAGACCCCGGGGCCUACAUUAUGACCAUCGGGAGCGACGGCCAUGCCGUGGUCACUCAUACCGGGCUAGCUGGAACAGGGGACGACCUGGACUCCUUGUCUGUCAUGGCCCACACAGCAGAGUCCUUCAGAGGGGAUCUGACGUCUGUAGUCACCCAGGCUCUGGGAAGUGAACCAGAGGAGACUAUGACCGUGGUUGGGGAAGCUGGGUCAGAGACGGUGACUCUAGUCACCCACAGCAGCCAAGCCCGGGUAGGCGAGUCUGUCACCCUCUUCUCCCCUACUGGAGAAGCGGAGACCAUGACGGUGGUGACCCACAGCGGCCAGGCCGGAGCCACUGAGUCCCUGGCCGUGGUGUCAGCCUGUCUGGCCCUGGAGGAGCAGCAGCAGCAGCAGCUGCAUGAUGAUGGAGACGACGGAGAUGGGGACUCCCUCUCCAUGGAGUCGGGGGCCUUCCUCAUCAGCGUGGACCCAGGGAAGGUGGCCCCUACUGAGGUGGUCCAUCUGGCUGUAGUGCCACCUGUAGUCCAGGAGGACCCAACACCCCAGGAGGAGGAGGAGGAGGAGACGACGACGACGUCAGCAUCGGCGCACCAGACGGUAGAUCCAGCACCCCAGGCCGAACCCCAGCCUCCUGCUGCUCCCCAACCCCCCAAGAGGAAAAGAGGACGUCCUGCCAAGGUGAAGCAGGAGGUGAUCGAGGAGCCAGAGUCUCCUGUCGAGGAGGAGGAAGUGGUGCCAGAGGACGUUCCGAGGACCCAUGACCCCUAUAAGAGACGCCUACGGCAGCGCUCCAUGGGGGAGGGGGGGUACGUUAGGCUACACAUGGGGCUGGAGGACGACAGAGAGGACAAGAAGGGAGCCCAGACCCCACAGCGUCCCAGCACCCCCAAGAAGAGGGGUAGACCCGCCAAGAGGCUAGUUGAAGAGAUGGAAGCUGCCGUGGCAGGGAUGGAGAAUGUUGUCCAGACAGAGACUGACGGCGUCCUAUCACCGGACGGCAUUGUAGAUGGAGCACCUAUCACAGAGCAGCCCGUGGGGGAGGGGCCAGAGCCGGGUCAAGGCCCCGCCCAGCCAGAUGGAGGGAGUGAGGUGGAGGGAGAACACACCUGUUCAGAGUGUGGACUGUCCUUUCACCGGCGCUACGCUCUCAUCAUGCACACACUCAAACACGAGAAGACCAGAGGAUACAAGUGUAGUUUAUGUAACAAGGAGUUCCAGUACGCUGCCUCUCUGAGGGCCCAUCUGGCCAGACACAAGCACCAGAAGAGUCAGAGGCCCACCCUGGUCAGGGUCCCCCAGCCCCACGGUGAAGAGGGCCUCGAGGUGGACGGCAGAGCCAAGGGACGCACCAAGAGAGAGUUUGUCUGUGACAUCUGUGGAAAGACUCUUCCUAAGCUGUAUUCUCUGAGGAUCCACAUGCUGAACCACACUGGGGUGCGGCCCCACUCCUGCAGGGUCUGUGGGAAGACGUUUGCUCACAAACACAGCCUGAAGAUGCACAGAGCUCUUCACGACGCUGCUAAACAAUUUCACUGUUUGCUCUGUGACAAAUCCUUCGUUAGUAAGAGAAGUCUGGAGGAACACACCAGUAUUCACACAGGUGAAUCUAAGUAUCUCUGUACCCAGUGUGGGAGGUCCUUCCACCGAGCCUCUGGUCUGAGUAAACACUUAAAGAGACACCAGCCCAAACCUGACGUACGAGGGUUCCCCUGUAAUCACUGUGAUAAGAGUUUCUUUGAGGCCAAAGACCUGCAGCAGCACAUGAACAAACACCUGGGACUCAAGCCCUUCCAGUGUCAGGUAUGUGGGAAGUGUUACAGCUGGAAGAAGGACUGGUAUUCCCACGUGAAGUCCCACAGUGUGGCAGAGCCUUACAAGUGUAACGUCUGCGGCAAGGAGUUCUUUGAGAAGGCUCUGUUCAGGAGACACGUGAAGAAAGCCACGCAUGGCAAGAAGGGCAGGGUAAAACAGAACCUAGAGAGAGAGUGUGAACACUGUGGCAGGAAGUUCACCCAGCUCAGAGAGUACAGACGACACAUGAACAACCACCAGGGAGUCAAACCCUUCGAGUGUCUGACGUGCGGCGUAGCGUGGGCCGACGCCCGCUCUCUGAAGAGACACGUACGCACCCACACGGGCGAGCGCCCUUACGUGUGCCCCGAGUGCCAGGAGGCCCACAUCGACGCCCGCUCCUUACGGAAACACAUGACCAAAUACCACGGCGACCUCCUGCCGGGGAAGAUCAUGCUGGAGAAAGACACGCUGCAGUUUCACAAUCAGGGUACUCAGGUCGAACACGCCGUCUCCAUCCUGGCGUCCGAUCUCCCUCCCGAGCUCCGGCCCGUCCAGCCGCCGCAGGACGAAGAGAUCGAGACGGUUCUGAUCACGGAGGAGACCGUGGAGGCGGUAGAAGCGGUUCAGGCCGUUCAGGGUGACGGGGUCGCGACCUUGUCGGACCAGAGCAUAAUGCAGGUGGUGAACUAUGUGCUGUCUCAGCAGACUGUGCUGCCUGGGGGGGUGAAAAUGGAGGAGCAAGAGGUUAUACAAACCAUGGAGGUGGUACACAUGGCAGAGGUGGAGUGACCUGACAGACCACCUAGUGGACAGGAAGGAUGACUCGCGUAGUCACUCAUAUCCCUAAACCUGAACCAGGUGAAGUGACUCGUAUCCCUAAACCAGGUGGAAAGCCGAAGUGACUAGUGGACAGUUUGAGUGACCGGUAGACUCAACACAGGCCUGUCACUCUGUCCUGAGGUGGAGGAACAGGGAAUCUGUCAGAUGUUCAGUAAAGGCACACUGUAGCAAAAAAACAUUCUGCAAUGGAAAACAAUGUGUUCUUAUUAGACAAAUUCAGGUACUGCUCCCUUGUUUUUCCCCAAUUUGAACAGGCCCCUCUGUCUACAGUGGGACAGAAGGUACAAAGUUCACUGUUUUUUUUACUGAAUAUAUAUAUAUAUAUAUAUAUAUAUAUAUAUAUAUAUAUAUAUAUAUAUAUAAUUUGAACGAACUGAAUUGAUUUAAAGCUCAAUCCAAUCUUGUGUGUAAAUAUGGCAGUCAUUAAAAUAUUCUGGAUUAAUUUGCCGCAUUCAUGAAUCUCACCAGACCCAUUGAAUCUCAGAUGUUUUUAUUAAAUUAUAAAAUAAUCCAGUUUUCAGACUUUACUUUUGUUUCAGGGCCAUUUUUUUUAUUUACCAUGUAGUACAACUUUUUGUUCUAGCCUUGUUUUAAAUCAGCCUGGCUCUGCAACGUUUACAUUCUGGUUUCACUCCUCCCCUUUUUAUUAGUUAAAGCUCAACGAGCUCCCAUCUGUCUGUCCACAGGCUGGAGGGGAAACAUAAUAAACCUAUUGCUUAUGUUAA